AUCAUGUUCUUCUUCACCUUCCUUGCUUGGUUCCUCUUGUAUGCUCUACCUACAGCAAGUGAAGUUGUUGGCGGAGACGGAAACUGCACUUGUGGUUUCUACGAUAGUAGCACUGGGUUACUCUUCACAGACUCCAUUAUCGUAUACUUCAACGAAACAAACGGCUUACCUUCCGAGUUCGUCGCCGAGCAGUACAGCAACAAGUAUGAAAAGGACUGGAACGCCAUAUACCGCCAGGGCGCUGAUCCAGCAAACCUUCAACCCGGAAAUGACUCUCUCCAGUUUCUCGUGCAGCCACCAACCAACGAUCAUAUUGUACAAGGAGCUGGCCUUCGCACGGCACGACAAGACAUCCAACACGGCUCCUUCCGCACGCUUAUCAAGUCGCCAGGACGCACGUCCGCUGGUUCGGCCAUGUCGAUGAUGUGGCAAUACAACGAGACAGAAGUCACAGAGCUUAGCGUCAUGAACAUGAAUGAUGCUUCCGAGGCAUGGAUAGGCACCUUCAUUGGCGGAGAAUUCACUACCCGUGACCUCGGUGUCAACUAUACACAGCUUCUCGAACAGCCUACAGCAGACCGUAACUACACGACCUUGGAAGGACGUCUCAGUAAUGGUAACGUCAAUCCCUGGGACUUCACUGAGUACCGCAUCGACUGGACCCAAGAUCACACCAACUUUUAUGUUGGUGGCAAUCUCACUCGACAGAUCCUACACAAAGACAACAGUGGAAUGCCGUCAGUGCCUGCGCCUUUGUACCUCAAACAUUGGUCUACCGGCAAUCGUUUCUCAAUGAAGGGUCCACCCAGUCGAGUCUCAGUUGCUGAGGUCGGCUGGACUCGCAUGUUCUUCAACUCUUCAACCAUGGACGAUAUUGCCCGCGAAGACUUUGUCACCAGAUGUUCAAUCGCUAAUGCGUGUUUGAUGGAUGACAACACCCUACGUGGCUCGACAGCUUUUGCCGAUGAGGCCAUGCAGAAAUGGCGACAAGAUCCACACAAAAGCAUUAAGCGUAUGCCGGCGCUCUGGAUCUCGAUAGGCUGUCUUGCACUAUCGACUAUUCUUCUUCUACAUACUUUCAUCCGUCGUAUGACGCAGCCUAAGACAUCAGGCCAUGGAGCUGCGUCGGUCUCACCACUAUCAUCAGCCGCAGUCCAAGAUGUAAAGACUACCUCGCCUAAGGCUAUUGAGCCUCGCUCAGAGAAGUUGAUGCAAAAAUCACCAGCAUCGAGCCGACCAACGUCGUCCAAGUAUGAGUCAGAUGACUUGACCAUCGAGCCAAUCGGACCGAGCACUGGCACUUCGAUAGUCGGAGGUGCGACGCCUCACGGACCUUCACGAGCCAACUCUGUGCGCUUUGACAGCCGGGCCACAACGCCACACGUUGAGAGCAACUUCUCUUCCCCAUCCAGAGACGGGUUUUCGCCCGCCAUGGUCAAAGGUCAUAAGGGUUAUCUCAAUAACAUUGGCUCUGAGCAGACGAUUGCUGUGCCUCAUAGUUCCCAACAGACAACCGACAAAAUCCAAAUGGAGAUCGUCACUGAAUCAGCAAUGCCGGCUCCUCGUAUGAGAGCACAACCGCCACCACCACGAGAACGUAUUGACCAUCUGGCUGGUCUCGUUGCAUUGUGUGCCAUCGUCGUUACUGUCAUGCACUUUGGUCUCACCUUCGUUCCUGCCAUCGUCAUUCCAGGUGCCCCACAACAUGCAGUAUCCGAGUACUGGGCCCAGAGGAUUGUUGCUCCGUUUAUUCUGAAUCAGAUGUGGCUUGGUGUGUUCUUCACAACCUCCGUCCGUUUCUUGACUGCUUCCUACCUAAGGAAGGGCAAGCUCGAGGACGUAGCAAAGGCUGCUGUGCGCCGAACACCACGUCUCAUGAUCCCUGUUGCUACUAUCGCUCUACUAGAGUACUUCCUCAUCGAUGUCGGCGCGACUAAGUUUCUCCGCUAUAUCCCGUCCCUGACUUGGUCAACAUGGCCCUACGUCACACGCUAUGAGAACUUUGGCCAGUACAUCUCCGAGAUCCUCGAGCUGAUCUACCUCGUCCCGAAUGCGGUGCCUCAGAUCACCUUCAACUACUGCACGGGUGUCCUCUGGACCAUUGCUGUUCAACUUCAGGGUUCUUGGCUUGUCUUGCUUGGCGCAAUUGUCGUUCGAGAGAUGAAGACUACGUGGAAGCGCAUCGCUUUCUACAUCUUCUGUAUGCUCAACCACUGGUAUGCACGAUCAUGGGGCACCUACUUGUGGCUUGGCCUGCUACUCACUGAUCUCGACGUUACCUACAAGUAUAAGAAAUGGCUGUACGCACAUCCGGGAACCUACUACCCGCUUCUGACGUUCGCCUGGUUGUGUGUCGCAUUGGGCUUCGCGGUAAACCUGCUGCCAAAUUGGAUGGAGUUCAACUUCGCAACUGCAGAACACGACAUCCACCCUGACGAGGCGACCGGUGAAGCGCUUUUGUACACCGAUAAUGCUGGUUACCCAGCUUACUACACCCCUCGACUGAACGGUCUUCUCUUCGCAGGUGGCAUGCAGGCUAUCGUCGAACUUUCGACCUGCGUUCAAUGGCUGCUUUCCACACCACCUCUGCUUGUCCUCUUCCCUCAUAUCUUCACCAUCUACCUUCUUCACGGUCUCGUCUUCUGGAGCUGGGGUAGCUGGCUCAUGGUUUUCCUCGCCGAACGAGACUUCUCCUAUGGCAUUAACGUCGCCAUUGUCGGUGUCACAUCCUACGCCGUCCUCUUCUUCUCUCUCCCGAUCGUCACACCAGUGGUUGAAGCACUUGGCAAAGACAUUACUGCCUUGGUGUGGAUGACUGCGCAAGAGAAGAGCCCACCGCGUCGCAGGACCCUGUUCCCAUUCCCAGACGACCUCUUCCAAGGACGCGAGGUUAACGGUGAUGUGAAAGACGACGUUGAGGCGAAUUCGAGCAAUCGAAGUUCGGGAGUCGUGCGUAAUAGCGUUUCCAUCUUCUCUGGUAAGGGCGACGAGAAGGAAGUAGUGUAUGAGAUUAGCCCUGUGAUGAGUGAAGGAGGCUGGAUGGAGGAGUCCGGCAAGGAAGCUGCACGCACCUAGUUGGGAGGUGCCGUUGAUGAUAUGC